CUUUCUUCUACCAUUUGGCCUGAUUAUCCGCCGUGUCGGAUCCAAUUCUCCGACGGGAAAACUAUGUCCGACGCUCCGCCGCCGCGGUCGUCUCUGGCGGUGUUAACCGCAGCCGAUGAGGUGUCUCACUGGUGCUAUCACUGCAACAAGCGCGUCUCCGUCGAAACCCUAGCGGACGUCGUCUGCUUCGAAUGUAAAAACGGUUUCGUCGAGGCAAUCCAGUCGAUUCCAGCGUCCGGCGCUGCGUCGUACUCUGCUUCGGCGCCGCUUUCUCCGGAUCUGGAGGCUGACGACUCGACUUACUUACAUUUCCACCAGAUGCUCCGCCUGCUUGUUCAGGCGACGCGUGACUACCACGCGCCGCCGCAACUGGAUGUGUCGUACGAAGAGGAUUUCCUUAGAUUCGAACUCAAUGGCUGGAACAGAAACCACCAGGAUGAGGAAGAAGAAGAAGGAGAUGAGGAUGAGGAAGAGGAAGAGGAGGAAUACGAAGAAGAGGACGACGUGGAUGAAGACGCGGAAGCCGAUGAAAACGAAGGGGAUCGGGAAGAGGAGGAAGCAGAAGAUGGAGAGAGAUUGCGAGAGAAUCAACCGCGCGUGGAAGAGAACAGAUCCGUGACCAGGACCGAAAACGACGUGAGCAGAGACUACGAAUACGAUGACGACGAUGAGGAAGAAGAUCUGAGGAGAAGGCGGCGGGAGAUGCUCCGGGUCCGGAUCCGCGACUAUGCAACGCGCCAGCGUACCGGUCGGAACAGGAUUCUCGAUUGGGCCGAGAUUCUGAUGGGAAUCGAAGACAACUCCGUUGAGUUCCGCAUCGGGGUUCCAGAUUCCGACCGUUACAUAGGCAAUCCUGGGGACUACGUGGACGCGGCCGGAUAUGAAGCGCUUCUGCAGAAUCUGGCGGAGAGCGACGGUAGCCGGAGAGGCGCACCGCCGGCGGCAAUGUCUGCGGUGGAAGCUUUGGAAACGUUUGAGAUUACUUCGGAAGCUGAGAGCGUGGUGUGUGCUGUGUGCAAGGAUGUGGUAGCAGUUGGUGAAACUGCAAAGAAGCUACCUUGUGGGCAUAGCUACCACGGUGAUUGCAUUGUACCAUGGUUAGGGACAAGGAACUCUUGCCCCAUUUGCCGCUUCGAGCUUCCCACGGAUGAUGCUGAGUAUGAGGCGGAGAGGAAGGAGAGAACCACGGUGAGCAUUGGCGGUGGUUCUUCGGGCUCUCAUUGAAUUUGAAGGUUCAUACGCGCUCUCUCUCUCUCUCUCUCUCUUCUCUCCAUAAUUUUGGGAGCAAUUUGUCUUUGAAGCUUAUCUUUGCUUAGUUUAAGACUGUUUAAGAAUAUCCAUUUCCGCUUUGCUGAAUUGACUCUCUUGGUUUAGAUAAAGGAAAUGGGAUUUCAUCUUCAUCCGCUCGUGAUUGUAAAUAAUAUUUACUCUCGUCGGUUCUUUUUUCAUGAACUGCUUGUAUGGGAAUUUGAUUAUAUACCCCUUGAAUAACUUCCGAUUCUGCGUGUAAGCGUUGUUCUGAAACAUUUGGAAAUGAAGCUGAAAAUGCUCUUCUUGCAUA